AUGUCCCGGAGACCCCGGCACAGUAUAUAUAGUAGUGAUGAUGAUGAAGAAGAUGUUGAGGUGUAUGAUCACGACUAUGAUGGUCUGCUUCCUAAGACUGGAAAACGUCACUUAGGAAAAACCAGGUGGACCCGUGAGGAGGAUGAGAAGUUGAAGAAGCUUGUGGAGCAGAAUGGUACAGAAGACUGGAAAGUCAUUGCCAAUUUCCUUCCUAAUCGGACAGAUGUGCAGUGCCAGCACCGAUGGCAGAAGGUACUAAACCCAGAACUUAUUAAAGGUCCAUGGACUAAAGAGGAGGAUCAAAGGGUAAUAGAGCUCGUGCAGAAAUACGGUCCAAAGCGCUGGUCUGUCAUUGCUAAGCAUUUGAAAGGAAGGAUUGGAAAACAGUGCAGGGAGAGGUGGCACAACCACUUGAAUCCAGAAGUGAAGAAAACCUCCUGGACAGAAGAGGAAGAUAGAAUUAUUUACCAGGCACACAAGAGGCUGGGAAACAGAUGGGCAGAGAUUGCAAAGUUGCUGCCUGGACGAACUGAUAAUGCUAUCAAGAACCACUGGAACUCCACCAUGCGCCGGAAGGUUGAGCAGGAGGGCUACCUGCAGGACUCCUCCAAAGCCUGCCACUCCUCAGCAGCUGCUGGCUUUCAGAAGAACAACCACCUGAUGGCCUUUGCUCACAACCCAUCGCCACCCGCGCAGCUGCCGGUGGCCAGCCAGCCCCCGCUGGGCAGUGACUACCCCUACUACCACAUCCCUGAGCCACAGAACGUUCCUGGUCAGAUCCCGUAUCCAGUAGCACUGCAUGUAAAUAUUGUCAAUGUACCUCAGCCAGCUGCUGCAGCUAUCCAGAGACACUAUAAUGAUGAAGACCCUGAGAAAGAAAAACGAAUAAAGGAAUUAGAGUUGCUACUAAUGUCGACUGAGAAUGAACUGAAAGGGCAGCAGGCAUUACCAACACAGAACCACACAUCAAACUACCCCGGCUGGCACAGCACCACAAUUGCUGACAGUACCAGGACCAGUGGUGACAGUGCACCUGUUUCCUGUUUGGGGGAGCAUCACCACUGUACUCCAUCUCCGCCGGUGGAUCACGGUUGCUUACCUGAGGAAAGUGCAUCCCCUGCACGGUGCAUGAUUGUUCACCAGAGCAACAUCCUGGAUAAUGUUAAGAAUCUCUUAGAAUUUGCUGAAACACUCCAGUUAAUAGACUCCGAUCCUUCAUCAUGGGGUGAUCUCAGCAGUUUUGAAUUCUUUGAAGACACAGACACUCCGGCUAGCAGAGCUCCCCCAGGCAAAGUCGCGCAGCUUCAGCAAAGAGGGGCCAGUGCUUGUAGACCGCAAGGACAGCCCACCACAAAUUUGAGCAAAGUCAUGUCGAGUCAGGGCUCUCUUGGCUCACCAAAGACCUUAUCUGCCUCACAGGGCAGUGCGGCUCCGCGGGUCCUUCCUCGCAAAAGGAGAGGGCACUGCGGCCCCGUAGCCAGUGGCCACGGUAGCACCUUGGUCCUAGCUGACGUCAGCAGCUCAACUCCUCCUAAGCGCUCCCCUGUCAAAAGCCUGCCCUUCUCUCCCUCGCAGUUCUUAAACACCUCAUCCAAUCACGAAAACCUGAACCUGGACAACCCUGCACUUACCUCCACACCGGUGUGUGGCCAUAAGAUGGCACUUACCUCCCCGUUCCACAGGGACCAGGCUUUCAAGGCUCAGAAGGAAAACCAUGUUUUCAGGACUCCAGCAAUCAAGAGGUCGAUAUUAGAAAGCUCUCCAAGAACACCCACUCCAUUCAAAAACGCACUUGCAGCUCAGGAAAUCAAAUACGGUCCUUUGAAGAUGCUGCCUCAAACUCCAACUCAUCUUGUAGAAGAUCUGCAGGAUGUUAUCAAGCAGGAGUCGGAGGAAUCUGCAAUAGUGGCUGGGCUACAUGAAAGUGGACCCCCUUUGCUGAAGAAAAUCAAACAAGAGGUGGAGUCCCCAACAGAUAAAGCUGGAAAUUUUUUUUGCUCAAAUCAUUGGGAAGGAGAAAACCUGAACACUCAGCUCUUUACACCUGGGUCUACUAUGGAAGAUGUGCCAAAUCUUCUUACCAGUUCUAUUUUAAAGAUGCCUGUGUCUGAAGAUGAUGAUAGUUUUCAGAAAACAGUUGCAGUACCUAGAAACAGGCCACUAGCUAGUCCUCUACAGCAUCUGAACAACACCUGGGAGUCGGCGUCCUGCGGGAAGAUCGAGGAUCAGAUGGCUCUGCCAGAUCAGGCACGCAAAUACAUGGCCACCUUCCCCACCCGGACUCUGGUGAUGUGAAAGGGUCGACGCACAGAGAAGCAUUAUGGUUUGAGAACACUUCACCUCCACUGGGAAAUUCCUGUUCCUCUGCAUGAGAACUUUUCAUGAAUGGGAGAAGAGCCUAUCUUUGUUGUGGUACAACAGUUGGGAGCAGCACAAAGUGCAUUUAGUCACUCAGCAUAUAUAUUCUUGUUGGAUUUCACCCAACUUAAGAGUUUGUGUUUUUUUAAUGAUACUUGCCUAAAUUAUUAGGUAUUGAGUUUGAAUCAGUAAUUAAUGAUCUUAAGUGCAGUCUUAUAAUAAAGAUAAUUUUUCUUGUACUUUUUGAGAUCAAACAGACUUAAUACACCAGUAUUGUUAUUUCAGUGAUGUGCUAGUCAGGGGUGGGGUUUAGUUUGUUUCUUUUUUUAUUUUUUAUUUUGUUUUGUAAUAAUAAAAGAGCAGGUACUCAGAUAUAUUUUAAAUCACUGAACGAAAUGAAUUGGUGUAAAAUACCGAAGUGAAAAGCAUUACUACAAACGCUUGUCUGUGCAAAAGGGGAAAGCUGAUCAAGAUCAUGAAUGCUCAAACAUCCAUGCCUCUUGAAAUACUCCUUUCUGUUUUGGUUCUAGGCCAUUAUACAUUGUGUGUUUCUGUUGGGGGGGACGGGGGGUGGGUAAUUAGCUUGCUUUAAAAA